AACUGACAUUGUUAGCCUGAUAAGAAACCCGGAAGAAACGUCGGUGUCGUCCAAUGCGGAAGAAAUUCAACAAAACAGAAAUUCAGAUAGUGAGAACAUCAGAACACGAGCUCUACAAAGUUGGACUAGAAAACACAUUCUAACGUUUGCAUGUGUGAAGCACUGUCAACAUUAACCGCCUCCCGCGGUACAGCACAACAGAAAGUACUUCCAACCAGCCGAAACCAAUCGGUGCAAGUUCGUAAGGAUUACCGACCGAUGGAAUGUUAUCAACUGUAGCAACAGAGAACCUUGGGCCCUGCGAAUGACGGAAACCAGUAUGCGAUGUUGAUGACUGAGACCUUCACGUGACACUAAAAGGGUAAUGGUACAUAUUACAAAAUGAGCUCACCCUCUCGCCAAGACAGCGAUGACUCGAGGAGCGAUUCAGGAACUGAUGUUGUCGAGGGGGAGGAAGAAGAGGAGAUGCAAACCGGAAGAUUGUCAAUCGAUAAGCAGAAUAAAAGAGGAAGUACUAUGUUGUCCAAAGUCCUACAAUGUGGAAACGCUACAGCCGCCCGCGUCCUUUUGGAGCAUGGAGCUCAUGUUAACAAGACUGGUGAUGAUGGAAAGACAGCAUUUCACUGUCUCUGUGAGAGAGGCGAUGUUGAUGCAAGGGUUGUAGAACAGAUGAUACAACAUGGUGCUGAUGUUAACAAGACCGAUUGGCGUGGAAAGACAGCAUUUCGCUAUCUGUGUGAGAGAGGCGAUGUUGAUGCAAGUGUUGUAGAACUGAUGAUACAGCAUGGUGCUAAUGUUAACAAGUCUGGUGAUGAUGGAAAGACAGCAUGUCACUGUCUGUGUGAGAGAGGCAAUGCUAAUGCAAGUGUUGUAGAACUGAUGAUACAACAUGGUGCUGAUGUUAACAAGACCGAUUGGCGUGGAAAGACAGCAUUUCGCUAUCUGUGUGAGAGAGGCGAUGUUGAUGCAAGUGUUGUAGAACUGAUGAUACAGCAUGGUGCUAAUGUUAAAAAGUCUGGUGAUGAUGGAAAGACAGCAUUUCACUGUCUCUGUGAGAGAGGCAAUGCUAAUGCAAGUGUUGUAGAACUGAUGAUACAACAUGGUGCUGAUGUUAACAAGACCGAUUGGCGUGGAAAGACAGCAUUUCGCUAUCUGUGUGAGAGAGGCGAUGUUGAUGCAAGUGUUGUAGAACUGAUGAUACAGAGCAUGGUGCUAAUGUUAAAAAGUCUGGUGAUGAUGGAAAGACAGCAUUUCGCUAUCUGUGUGAGAGAGGCGAUGUUGAUGCGAAUGUCAUACACCUGAUGAAACAACGCGGAGGUCAUUGAUUUGGAAAAACAGCAUUUCACUGUCUCUGCGAGAGAGGCAAUGUGGAUGCGAA